AGUAAUUUUAUUGAUACUUGAAGGAUGGUUUGCAAAUUCGUUGUCAUCCUUAUUCAAAUAUCUACCGUUGCGGGGCAAAUUGCGUCAAAAUACCAAAAUUCUAGAGAUAUAUCCACCAUAUCACCAUAUCCGACAACCGGACCAGAUUACAAAUUUCUACUGGGAAAAUUACAAACACAAAAUCAUGGGCAGACAUCCCAAUCUGGAAGGGAACGAAGAUUGUCACCAUAUAAACCAUUCCCCCCUGAUCUACUGCCAACAUUAGGUCCAUAUUUGACUCCAGGACCAGGCUACACAUAUCCUCCUGGCAGGAACCGACUAACACAAUAUCCAGGUCAGACAUUUUCUCCAGGUCUAUCACCGUACAUGACACCAGGACCAGGAUACACAUAUCCACCAGGGAAAGUACCAACACAAUAUCCAGGUCAGACAUAUCCACCAGGUCUGGCUCCAACUUUGUCACCAUAUAAACCAUUCCCACCUGAUCUACUGCCAACAUUAGGUCCAUAUUUGACCCCAGGACCAGGCUACACAUAUCCUCCGGGAAAGGUCCCAACUCAGUAUCCAGGACAAACCUACCAACCUGGAAAGGAGCCAACUUUAUCACCAUACAAACCUUUCCCACCAUUGUUCUGGCCUGCUAUAUUUCCUUAUCUGACACCAGGACCAGGUUAUACAAUACCACCAGGAAAGGUCCCCCCAACACUGUAUCCAGGACAGAUUCUACCAAUACCAACACAGUAUCCAGGACAGUUUCCUACGCUGUCACCAUACAAACCAUUCCCACCAGGAUAUUUUCCAACAGCUUUAUGGUACAGUACACCUGGACCAGGAGUAACGUAUUUUCCUGGAAAAGUACCAACACAGUAUCCAGGUCAGACAUAUCCACCAGGACAGGCUCCAACUGUGCCUCCAUACAAACAAUAUCCAUCAAAUUACUGGCCGCUUGAUUGGUUUUUCUUUCCAACUCCAGGACCAGGCUACACAUAUCCUCCUGGGAAAGUACCAACUCAGUAUCCAGGCCAAACAUAUCCACCAGGUCUGGCUCCAACAUUGUCACCAUAUAAACCAUUCCCACCUGAUCUACUGCCAACAAUAGGUCCAUAUUUGACUCCAGGACCAGGCUACACAUAUCUUCCUGGGAAAGUACCAACUCAGUAUCCAGGCCAAACAUAUCCACCAGGUCUGGCUCCAACAUUGUCACCAUAUAAACCAUUCCCACCUGAUCCUGAUCUACUGCCAACAAUAGGUCCAUAUUUGACUCCAGGACCAGGCUACACAUAUCCUCCCAGGAAAGUACCAACUCAGUAUCCAGGCCAAACAUAUCCACCAGGUCUGGCUCCAACAUUGUCACCAUAUAAACCAUUCCCACCUGAUCUACUGCCAACAUUAGGUCCAUAUUUGACUCCAGGACCAGGCUACACAUAUCCUCCCGGGAAAGUACCACCAACCAGUUUUCCAGGAGAAAUACCAACUCUUCAUCCAUACCAACCAUUCCCUAAAGGACUAGAACCAACAAUGUCACCAUACCGAACACCUGGACCAGGCUAUACAUAUCCACCAGGCAGAGUUCCCACACUGUAUCCAGGCCAAACGUUUGCACCUGGUAAAGCACCAACAUUGAGACCGUACCUUCCCUUCCCAUUAGGAUUGGGACCAACACCUGGAUCAACGAAUGCUCCAACCAAGAAGCCUUAUUUAAUGAUAACUACAGCCAUACCUGGUAUCAGCACUCACCAAAGUUUUGGGGUACACGGAUAUAAAGUGUCAACAGAACCUUCCCUGAUAUUGCCGUCAUAUGAAACAGAUCUUCCCUUUACGGCUUUUUUUAAACCGCUAGGUCCAUAUACACGUAUGACUUUAAAACCCGGGACAGUAACAUCGCUGUAUACAGAAUUAGGUCGACCGCCAACAGUAGAUUCAGUUCUAAAUUUUACUCCUAAACAAGAGCACAUUACUCGAAAAGGAAAAGUGCUAACUGAGUAUCUAACCUUCCCUCCAGCCUUGUUGCCAACAUUUCGUCCAUAUGCGACUCCAGGAGAAUUUUGGGACGGGUAUCCAAUAGAAAAAGUACCAACACCGUAUCCAGUAACCCUAACAUCUGCAGUUGGUUACACAUAUUCCCAACCUGAUUUGGUGCCAUCAUUUCGUCCAUAUGCGACUCCAGGAAUAUGGAACCUUUAUCCAAAAGAAAAGGUACCAACUUCGUACCUAGUAGUCGUAACCUCCACUCCUCCAGGAAAAGAACCAUCAAUGCAAACAUAUAAACCAUUCCCCCCAGAUUUGUUGCCAACAUCAGCUCCAAAUUAUACCCCACAAGUAGAGUACACUUAUCCACCACCUAAGAAGAAACCGACAUAUUACGGAGCUCGCUUUCCAUCAGAUUAUAGGUCAACGCCGGAACCAGCCAAUGCACCAACCAAAAAGACUAAUGUAAAAUCUACCACCAAACCUGCUAUCAUCACUGGCCCAGGAGUACAUGGAGGUUUUAAGGGUGUAUGUAUCUUCGCGAGUGUGUCCUACAAACAAGGUCAGCAAUGGUAUGACUCGUGUAGCUCUAUCUGUGUUUGUGAAGAUGCGUCUACGGGAUCUUACAAAUGUCAACCCAGAUGUCCAAAGAAUGAUGGUGUACCCAAAGGUUGCUCUAUGGUACCUGAUCCCAAAGAUCCACUGUGUUGUCAAAUACCCGACUGUUCUUUUGCUUUACCAGAUAUAUUCCCCACACCAAGCAAUCGUAUAACAAAGUUAGCACCAACAACAUUAGAUUGGUUUGCAGAACCCAUCAUUAUCAUCGCACUAUCAAUAUUGGCAUCAGUUAUGUUGAUAGCAGGAACUGCUCUUAUUGUGCAAUAUUUUCGCUUGAGGAAAAAACUGCCAAAAGCAACAACCUAUUUACCUGCAGACAAACUGAAGGUUAAAAGAAAUAUUGAAAACUACGAGACAACAGACAUGAAACACAAGUUAAUUUUCAUCGACGAGACAUAAUAAAGAUAACUCAUUAUAAUGUUUCGUUUCCAUAAAUCUUGAUAAAAUAUACUGAUUACUUUUCAUGUGCAGUGGAAAACGUCUCAAAUCAGAAUAUGAUGUGCAAUUAAAUUAAAUAUUUGA